AUGGCGGAAGGCAUGGAGUCUGCAGUGCCUGCUGUGACAGAAACAGAUGAUAAUUCGGAUGUGGACGUAAAUAGGAAGGCUGUUGAGUGUGUAUUGGCAUAUAUACAGAACGCUGAAAGUGUUGACUGGGCAGUUGUUGCCCAGUUCGCGUCGGCAGCAAUGCUUCUCCGACAGCGCAACAGAAAGAGUCGGGUAUGGGUGCGAGACCUCCUGUUGCCGAGAAACGAAUUCGGUGAAUUUCACCAUUUGGUCCGGGACAUGCGUUUGGGAGACGGUCAGGACUUCUUCGACUAUUUCAGGAUGUCCCGAGAGAGAUUUGAUCACCUUCUUUCACUCGUGGGUCCUCUCAUUGAGAGACAAAAUACAUCUUUCCGCCAAUCCAUAUCACCGGCAGAAAGACUUUGCAUCACACUGAGAUACCUUGCACAUGGAUCAUCCCAGCGUAUAUGCGCUAUGAACUACCGGAUUGGAAGCUCUACAGCAAGCGGAAUUAUCCGGGACACUUGCGAGGCCAUUAGGCAAGCCCUUGAAACAAUCUAUCUCCCGACCCCAUCAAAGGAUGCACUUGCCAAGAUUGCUGAUGACUACUGGAAACUGUGGAAUUUCCCAAACUGCAUGGGGGCACUGGAUGGUAAACAUGUAGUGAUCCAGGCCCCUCCUAAAUGUGGUUCUUUAUAUUACAACUAUAAGGGAACACAUAGCAUUGUGCUUUUGGCCACUUGCGAUGCAAACUACAAAUUCAUCAUGAUUGAUGUGGGAGAGUGCGGGUCAAGGAGUGAUGGGGGCAUUUUUCGGAAUAGUGAUGUGCACGAAAUGCUACAAAAAGAGACGAACUUGCCAGAACCGAAGAACCUCCCAAAUACAUCUGCCCAAAUGCCUUAUGUAAUUAUUGGGGAUGAAGCAUUUCCAUUGAUGAAUAGUUUAAUGCGGCCAUAUCCAGGAAGACAACUGCCACUUUCGUGCAAAGUGUUCAACUAUCGGCUGUCUAGAGCAAGAAGAACCAUUGAAAACGCAUUUGGUAUUCUGUCCAGCCGAUGGAGGAUAUACCGCCAACCUAUUAAUGCUUCGCUUGAGACUGUGAAUGCAAUUGUUCACGCGACUGUGUGCCUGCACAACUAUCUCAGUAUGAGUGACCGAGCACAGGGACACCAUGCAUAUUGUCCUCCAGGAUAUUCCGAUUAUGAAGAUGUAUCGGGCAAUGUGCACCCAGGCCAAUGGAGACAGAGUGUUUCUGACAAUGAAGCAUUAAGACACAUUCCAAGAACAGGAUCCAACAUGCAUGCCAGGUCUGCAAAGGAACUUCGCGAUAAACUUGCAGAGUACUUUUGUUCCACAGCUGGAGAGCUAUCAUGGCAAUAUUCUGUUGUGCUGAGAGGUUCCCAGCGGAAGUGA